UCAGGUAACAGUGACCGACUGGCUAGAGUUAUGGUCCAACAUCCUGCCAGGCUGUAUGGGGAUUCAGAAUUUUCCUGUCUGGCUUAGGCUGUUGCCGAAGAAAAUUUUCCAGAUGAUCGACAGAAACAGGCGGUCGCUACACCUUAGACAUCGACAGCUACGAGAUGGUCUUCUCCAACUUUCUGAUCGGCCGCACGCCGUUCGGGCCCGGUCGCCACAUCUUUGGUUGCUGGGAACACAACAUCGCUCACUUCGAGCUCAUCAUGCCAGCGACAGAGGAGGAAGCAAGACAGUCGCCACGGAGCGGGGAGAAGAAGGGGGUGGAGGGAGAUAAAUCCAGCAUUCCCUGGCAGAAGCCGAGGCCAAGGACGAGGAAGCUGUAAACAGACAGUAGAUUCACAAACGUGAUUGCCCAAGGCUGUAGGUAUCUUGCACUGAGGGUUUUAUUCAUGUUUGUUUAGUGUCUUCUGGGGAGAGAGAUGGAAAAAAAAACAUAACAAAAAAAACAAACCCCAAAGAACAAAUCAACUCAGAAUAAAAGCUUAAUAAAGUGUACAUGUAUUAUCUUA